ACAUCAAAAAGUAUGCGAGAGAUUGUGUGGAAAGUUCUUACUAAAAGUAUAUACUCCUUUUUAGCGCUAUCUUAUGUUUCUUCAAAUGAACUAAAGUGUCCAAUUUGUACUAUUUAAUGCAUAACUGCAUCGAGAUAUAAAUAAAUAAAAAUAUUUUCUAAACGUUUAUGUAGCAGAUGCUCAAUUUUAUUAAUAAAUCUAAUUGGGAGAGAAAAAUUUUCAGUCAGAAAUUAUUUGAUGAAACAUUCUGAUGUAUCUGCCAAUUUCAUAUAUAACAUGUAUUUUAUGGUCAUGUUUUACUACUACGUUUACAUUUACAAAUGCAUGUAUGAAUUGCUCCAGGGUUGAAUUUUCAUACGUUUAGAAAUUCGAUUAUUAAAUUUUUUGAACAUUUACGCUUCUAAUUAUUAAGAAGUGAAUGAAAUGCCACCCAAAAAAGCACCUGCUCCUAGCAAAAAGUCGGAGCAGAAGAAAAAGGAAAAAGUUAUUGAGGAUAAGACAUUCGGUAUAAAGAACAAGAAAGGUGCCAAACAACAGAAAUUUAUUCAACAAGUAGAGAAGCAGGUAAAAUCUGGUGGUGUUAACCCACGGAAAUUAGAAGAUCCUAAUGUUAAAAAGCUCGAAAAAGAAAAAAAAUUAAAGGAGCAGAAAGAAUUAGCUCUCAUAUUUAAACCUGUGCAAACACAAAAGAUAGAUAAAGGAACUGAUCCGAAAUCAGUGGUAUGUGCAUUUUUCAAACAAGGACAAUGCACAAAAGGAGAUAAGUGUAAAUUUUCUCAUGACUUAAGCGUGGAAAGGAAAGCUGAAAAACGUUCAUUAUACUGUGAUAUGAGAGAUGAUGAUGAUAAGGAAACUGAUACAAUGGAUAAGUGGGAUGAGGAUAAGCUGAAAGAAGUAGUGGAAAAGAAGCAUGGUGGCGGUAAUCGCCCAACCACUGAUAUUAUUUGUAAACAUUUUUUGGAAGCAGUGGAGAAAGCAAAAUAUGGUUGGUUCUGGGAGUGUCCCUCAGGUCAAAAAUGUAUUUAUAGGCAUGCACUACCACCUGGUUUUGUUCUAAAGAAAGAUAAAAAGAAAGAGGAUAAAAAGGAUGAAAUUUCAUUAGAAGAUUUAAUUGAAAAAGAGAGAGCUAAUUUAGGACCAAAUCAGACUAAAAUAACAUUAGAGACAUUCUUAGCAUGGAAGAAAAGAAAAUUAAGGGAGAAGAAAGAACAAGCUCUUAAGGAUGAGGAAAAGAGACGAAAUGAUUAUAAAGCCGGCCGGCAAGUUGGUAUAUCCGGUAGAGAAAUGUUCUAUUUCAAUCCUGAGCUUGCAGCUGGAGAUGGUAUUGAUGAUGGAGACGAAGCAAUAUCUAGUUAUGUUCGUGAAGAAGAAGAAGAAGACGAAGGGGAGGAAAGAGUUGAAUAUAGAGAACUUGAUAUGGACAGGCUUGCUUUUGAACCUAGUGAAAUUGAUACUUCUGGAAUAACUGUUGCCUCUAUAGAUCGUUUGAAAGAUGAUAAAGUUACAAAUAAUGAAGAUUCUACUGUAGUUACAGUUGGUGAAGGUGCAGCUGCAUUAGCAAUCAAUGAAAAUCUAUUUAAGGAAGAAGAUUUAGAGGGCUUAGAAGAGGAAUUAGAAGAUUUAGAUUUAGAAGAGUGAUUUAGAUUUAUAAUUUGUUAAAUUUUUCCUUCUACUGAGUGUCUCAAUUAUCUGUAUUUUUACAACAUAUGUAUUAUCUGCCUAUUAUAUAUACACUAUACAUAUGUAAAUUCACUAGUUCCAGAUAUAAUUUCCUGUAUAUUCUCAUUUACAUUUUUACGUUCUAUUUGCAAUAGGUACACACAUAUAUAUAUUUAUAUACAGAGCUGGACCUAUGAACGCUAUUCUGUUAAUGAAAUUGUAAUUUUUAACUUUUUACGAUUCAAAGUAUAAUUCUGUUCUAAUCCAUUGUUAUUUACCAUUUGUGAAAGUUACAACUAUAAAUUUAUGUCGCAACUAUAGAAGUAAUUAAAUUGUUAUUGAUUUUUAUUAA